AUGGCACCUCCCACACCCCCAACGCAGCCCGAGCCACCAGCUAAGAGAACACCCAGCGACACCAUCGGCGGCAUCGUCCACCCCUUAACCGUGCGGCAGCACCUGUCGUUUGCCAUCCCGGCACUGACCAUCUGUAUCGGCGGACCGGUCGCCAUCGGCGUGGUGGCCUACGUCCUCGCCCUUGUCGUCCCCGUUCCACCGCUCACGCAAGCACUGAACGUUGUCGGGUGCUUGUCCCUGGGCUUCCUGCUCAAGCUGGGCGCCAUGCUGUGCGUGCCCGCUACCAUCAUCUCCGUGAUGCACCACCAGUACGGCGGCGGCAAGUACCGGCUAUACUGCCAGGUGGCCGCGUUUGGCCUAGCGUACUGGAUCAUGUCGACGCGUAUCGACGAGCUGGCCGCCGCCGGCAACCAGUGCCAGUCCCGUGCGCUUGGCGGCGCCGGGCGGAGUCGUACUUGA